AUAAAAUGGACAGCACCAGAGGCUGCAUUGUAUGGCAAGUUUACGUUUAAGUCAGAUGUUUGGUCCUUUGGUAUCCUUUUAGUGGAAUUGACAACAUUUGGACAGAUACCAUAUCCGGGUAUGGCAAACAGAGACGUACUGGAAAAGGUGGAAAGAGGUUACAGACCACCCCAAGCUAAUAAGUGUCCUGACAAAGUACACAAGAUAAUGCUCAGUUGUUUGCAUGAAUCACCUAACAACAGACCAUCGUUUGAUUUUCUUUUCGAUUUCUUUGAUAAUUACUUUGUGUCUGCGGAACCAGAAGAGGAGGUGGACCUUAACCAAGAGCAAAUGCAUGUAGAUAUCAAAAGAAUUUUACCAACAGAAAUAACGUUCGACGCAAAAAUAAGCAACGAAAAGGUAGUUGGGGAAAUCUGGAAAGGAGAGUGGAUUUUGAAAACCCGAAAACCUGUUUGUAUCAAACGUUUCCAACAAGGAUCAUACCAAGAUUUCAUAAGAGAAGCUUCGAUCAUGAAGUUAUGCAACCAUGACAAAGUAAUCAAGCUAUACGGAGUAACAACUACUGUUGACUGGAUAGUAAUGGAAGUGUAUUACAACUGGAACCUUUUGGAAUAUAUGAAGAUAUAUCAAGAGAAUGAGAUAAAUUUUAACCAGAUGAUUUACAUAGCUGCACAGGUCGCAUGUGGAAUGGACUAUUUAGGAACAAAGCGAAUUAUACAUAAAGAUUUAAGAGCAGCUAAAGUCUUAAUCAAUGAUAACCAUGAUACGAAAAUUUCUGGAUUUCAUUUUGCUAGAGUUCUUAAGGAAGACGAAGAUGUAUACAACCCUAUUCACGGUGAGAAGUUCCCUAUAAAAUGGACAGCACCAGAGGCUGCAUUGUAUGGCAAGUUUACGUUCAAGUCGGAUGUUUGGUCCUUUGGUAUCCUUUUAGUGGAAUUGAUGACAUUUGGACAGAUACCAUAUACGGGAAUUGCAAAUAAGGAACUUUUAGAGAGACUUGAAAUGGGCUUCCAACAUGAAAAACCGCAUAACUGCCCCGAAAAUGUUUAUAAAAUUAUGCUGAGUUGCUGGAACAAAGUACCGACAAACAGACCAACGUUUGAGUACCUGUUCAAUUACUUUGAUGAUUACGUUGUGUCUGCGGAAUUACAGAAGGAAGAAAUCGACAAGUUUCGAAGAUCCUGCAAAAAUAACACAGAUCAAAUUCAAAUUCAAUCGGGGAAAGAAGAUGUUAUUUUUUCGGCACACUGA